AUCAGUUGCAAGCCGUUUCCACCGUGUUUAGUAACUGUGCCCUAUUCCGCGUGAUGUCUCGCUUGUCUUUUGCCCUUCGUUGUGCUGGGACAUUUCAAUUCUUACUGACCGGGUUAGACCCACACAACAUUACGCAACCUGAGCCUACCAGAGCCAACUGCUUACCGAGGUAUAUCCACUUUUGGAACAAACGACCGUAUCUUGGUGCCCACCGACGGUCAAAAAAUCUUCGGAAACCGUACGAUGGCCUCGAUGAUGAAGGCCGUGCUCUGGACGGCGUACGGGGAUCCCACCGUCCUCAAAAUAGGUCAACUCCCGAAACCCGUACCCAACCGCAACCAAAUCCUUGUUAAAGUCAAAGCGGCCGGUCUGACGGUGGGAGACACGGAACUUCGCAAGGCAGAGAUGCCGCUGCCCUCGAUCUUCAACCUGAUGUUGCGUUUGAUCGUCGGCAUCACGAAACCUACAAGGUUUCGGGUCUUGGGACAGGAAUUCUCGGGCGUCGUUGCAGAGGUCGGCGAAGGAUGCGAGGGAGUCGCCCUCGGUGACGCCGUGUUCGGGUCCACGGGCUGGCCCUUCGGAGCCGAUGCCGAGUACGUCCUCAAGGAGUGGCCGAGCAGAGGCGCGGGUGGUACGGGGGGAAGAAUCGCAUUCAAACCUUCGAACCUGACGUUUCAGGAGGCGGCUGCAUCGCCGACUGGAGGAUUGGAAGCAGUGCAUCUCGUCAAGGCCGCGAAGGUGAAACCCGGCGACCACGUGCUCGUCGUGGGCGCGGCGGGCAGCAUCGGGACGUUUGCCGUGCAGCUCCUGAAGCAUCUCGGAGCGGUGGUGACCGGGGUGGAUGUGGAAGAAAAGUUUGACACAAUGCGCGCCGUCGGUGUUGAUCACUUUGUAGACUACACGAAGGAGGAUUACCUCAAAUCUGGUCGGCAAUACGAUGUGGUCAUCGACGUUCCAUCCACGGGCCCCUUCUCGCACCAUCUACUGAAAUCCGGCGGUCGGUAUCUGCUCGGCAACCUCAAUCUCAGAACCAUGUUGCAGGGUCUCCUGUUCACCCCUUCGGACAAACGAGUGGCGUUCGAGGCCGGGAAGGGUAGUUUGGAAGAUUGGGACGAUCUUGUUGUCAUGUUGAAAGAAGGCAUUCUCAAACCCGUGAUGGACAAGGCGUAUGGGUGGGAAGCGGCGUCUGAGGCACACGCCUACGUGGAGUCGGGAAAGAAGCGAGGCAAUGUUGUCCUCGUCGUCGACGCGGAUGAAAGCAACUGAGAAGGGUCCGAUCGGGGCUGGAUGGCAGUUGAUGGUGGACAUUCUCCGCAGGUCUUAUAUCGGGUUUUGUCUCUACUGCUCAGCCGAUCAUUCGUCUUGCUGGCGUAGUUUUAUUUUCCCAUGUUGGUGGUUUCGUUCGAGAGCCCCACAUUCCCAUCAGCGCUGUAUGUGCAUUGAAGGCGGCUGUCUGGUCCGACCAUUCAUUGCGGCUGCAGUCAUAAGUUGAGCCUGACCCGAGCGAUUUCCUGGGUACUGGGGAUUUAUGGUAGGGGAUUUGCGGUGGGGAAUUCCCCUUUGCCUUGAUAGCUAUGUCCGAUAAUACUUACAGUACGCUGCCAGAUAUCUCGUUACGACGGGUUGUUGAUCCUCCC